AUGCUAUUGGAGUGUCCGCCACCACUUGAAGCUAUGGAUGCAGAGAAGAGAAGAAGCUUAAAUGCAAAAGAUGUUCUGGUUUCUGAGUUUGUGUUGCUGGGACUUUCUACAUCUUGGGAGACUAAAGUUUUUCUCAUGUUGACAUUCUCCUUGAUCUAUUUAGGGAUCGUCCCAGGAAAUUUCUUCAUUUUCUUUCUGGUAUUUUUUUUUUAUUCCCAUUUACAUUUUCCUGUGUACUUUCUUCUGGCCAACCAGUCCCUCAUUGAUGUGGACUUUUUUACCACAGUUCCCAAGAUGAUUAUAGACUUUUUUAAUGAAUGCAAGAUUUCUUUGCAAAGUUUCAGGGCACAGACAUGCUUCAUCCACAUAAUGGGCAGAGUGGAGAUGGUGUUAGUUAUAGCCAUAGCGUCUGACAGGUACAUGGCAAUCUGUAAACCUCUUCAGUACCUGGAUAUCAUGAACCCUAAAAUACAUGUUUCAUUUGUAACUACUUGGUGGGUAACUGUGGUGAACUACUUAUGUCUCCAUUUGUUUUCGUUACAAACGUGUGCUUUUGUGGUUAUAUUAGAAGUAAAAACCUUCUAUUAUAACUUUUCCAGAAUCAUCAAACUUGCAUGCAGAGAUGGAGCCAAGUUUGAAUUUAUUAUGGCUGCCAAUAAUAACAUCAUGAGCAUGGGCACCUUCUUUUUACUAAUCCUUUCCUAUAUCCUUAUUUUGGUCACUGUCUGGAAAUGUUCUCAGAAAGACUUACCCAAGGUAUUUGUCACUCUGUCAGCUCACAUCACUGUGUUGACUCAGUUUUUUACCUUACUCAUGUUUCUUUUUUUGUUUUGUUUUUUUGUUUUUUGACCAUAAUCACCGUCUGGUUUAUUUAU